AUGUCGGCCGGAGCUCCACCGGGGAGUGGUUCCUUGCUGAGUGCCACGGAUUUCUUCGGCAAAACGGAUGUGGGCGGCGUGGAGAAGUUCAAGACAGUGGCGUUUCGGGCUCUUCAUGAGCAGAAGCUCGAGGAGGAGCUGCAACAAACCAAACUGGAGAAUGAGCGCCUGAAAGACGCCAACGCCCGCGUGACUCGCGAUUUGCAAGAGCUCCAAGCGUCCUUCGAAGCGAACAUCGAUGAUCGCGAGCGAGUUCUGGCGUUUAAGUCAAAACGCAUCGAAGAACUGCACAGCAAGUUACGUGAAUAUGAAGCGAUCAAUGCGUCGCUAUUGCAGACGAUCAACGGAACCGAACCUGAAACCGAGACGAGAGCGAGGAUGAUGACUCUCAUCAAUGCGGGGAGACCUCUUUUCCACGCUCUGGACACGUGCAAAGAGCAGGAGUACAAGCAGCUAUACGAAGAAGCCCAACGACAGUGUGCGCAGCUCAUCCAAACCGCUCUAGAAAAUGAGGCAGUCGUGCGUGAAACGCGACUGGCACAAUUCAACAAACAAGAGAGUGAUGCCCAGAUCAAGGAGCUUCAGACGCAACUCGCUGCAAUGGCCCUCGAGAAAGAUGAACUUGGGCACCAUUUGGAGCGGAAACUGAUCCUUGAGAAUGACCGCUUGCGUCGUGAGAAGGAGGCCGAGCUCCAGGCUUUCCACGAUGCGAUGCGUACUCAAAUGCGGAUGCAAUUGGAUGUGACAACGCAGCGAACGGUUGAGGAGAACGAGCGGGUGCAGCUUGAGCUGCGCUACCAGAGCUCGCAGCUGGAGAAGAUGAUCAAGCAAAUUGACGAGCUCCGGGCGGAAAACAAGCGCUCAAAGCACGAGAUGCACCAGCUUUUCGCCAAAAUGCAGCAGAAGGAUGAACAGAGAGCGAAGAACGAGAACAAUCAGACACCACGGACACCCAAGUCGCCACUCGGGGCUCCCUCUUCAUCGAGAAGGACACCACGAAAGCCUCCACUUCCAACACUUUCCUCCAUUCACCAUUCGAAACCUACGUCUCCGGAGUCUCCAUCGCUGUAUGGCAUUGGAUCACCUCGUGCGUCUUGCUUUUCGCCUGAUUUGGACAGCCUCCAGAGCGUCAGAUUCCCUGAGUUUGAUCUCGACUUGGACGAAAUUCAAAGCCCAUACCCGCUCAACUCGAUCACUGAUGUUCUGGAGAAGCAUCUUCAGAGUCGCGAAUUCACGAAAAAGCAAGUCGUGGCUGUGCUGAGGUACCACCAAGACCAGUAUAAGCGCAGGGAGAGCGUACGUACUUUUCCCAAGGUGGUUCGUGAUGCGGCCAGGCUUGGAAAUACCCCCGUGUUGAAAAAGAAACUAAUGCUAUCCAAAGCCUGCUACUCACCUACGAGCUACGGGCGCAAGAUAAGAGAGCCCCCGGUACGUUUCUGA